AUGAGUGACUCCAAGACGCCCGUGUCGAACGUGUCGAACGGCGGGCCGAGAACAUUCACGCGACAAGUUUUUGAUCCGGCUGCAGACUUUGAUUCCUCGUUCGAGGACAUUCCGCCGCCGGCUUACAACGAGCCAGGGACGAUUGCCAUAUCACAAGAUGGAAUCAGGACGCAGGCGCAGGUCACAGAUGACGGCAGAGUCGAUAUCUUUUUGAACGAGAAGUCCGGACGCCUUUCCAAUCUCUUUGCACCAGCUCUGCAGCGACAGCUUGCGACCAUCCAGCAGGAACAGCAGCAGGAUCAGAGCAACCGGAGCCAUGUCCCGCUGGAUCAGCCGUCGCCUGUUUCGCUCAAUGUCGUCAUCCACGUGGUGGGCUCUCGCGGCGACGUGCAACCUUUUGUCGCAUUGGGCCAAGUCUUGAAGAACACCUACAAGCAUCGCGUCCGUCUCGCGACCCAUCCCGUGUUCAAAGAUUUCGUCGAGAGCAACGGUUUGGAGUUCUUCAGCAUCGGAGGCGACCCGGCCGCGCUCAUGGCGUUCAUGGUGAAGAAUCCCUCCCUGAUACCGUCGAUGAAGGCCGUGGCGGAAGGCGAUAUCAGCAAACGACGCAGGGAAAUAGCCGAAAUCCUCGAGGGCUGCUGGAGGUCAUGCAUCGAGCCAGGGAACGGCCUGCGCAAGUACACGGCCGGCGUGUAUGGGAGUGACGAUCCCUCCGAGCAGCCGUUCCUGGCCGAUGCUAUCAUCGCCAACCCUCCUAGUUUCGCUCACAUCCACGUCGCCGAGAAACUCGGUAUUCCGCUGCAUGUAAUGUUUACUAUGCCGUGGUCUCCGACAACGUCGUUCCCUCAUCCGAUGGCAAACAUCCGCUCGUCCAAUGCUAAUGCGAGCACAUCCAACUACGUCAGCUACUCUCUGAUCGAAAUGAUGACCUGGCAGGGCCUUGGAGAUCUGAUCAACCGAUUCAGAGUCAAGUCUCUCGGCUUGGAACCGCUCUCGUCCAUGUCUGCUACCGGCAUCCUCAACCGGCUUCGGGUGCCAGUUACAUACUGCUGGUCGCCAGCGCUGAUCCCCAAGCCGCAGGACUGGGGCCCUCACAUCUCCGUCACCGGAUUCUCCUUCCUUGGUCUCGCGUCCACAUAUACCCCCGACCCGGAGCUGGCUGUAUUCCUCGCUGCGGGGCCUCCGCCCAUCUACAUCGGCUUUGGGUCGAUCGUGGUGGACGAUCCAGACGGCAUGACGAGGCUGAUUUUCGAAGCCGUGUCCAAAACCGGCCAACGAGCUCUGGUGUCCAAGGGAUGGGGUGGCUUUGGAGCGUCAAUCGACGUGCCGCCCAAUAUUUUCCUGAUCGGCAACUGUCCACACGACUGGCUCUUUCAACGGGUGUCGUGCGUGGUGCACCACGGCGGCGCAGGGACCACGGCGGCAGGAAUCGCGCUCGAUAAGCCCACGGUCGUGGUGCCCUUCUUCGGUGACCAGCCGUUCUGGGGCGCCAUGAUCAAAAGAGCCGGGGCAGGGCCUGCGCCCAUUCCACACAAGAAGCUGACCGCCGACAACCUCGCGGAAGCCAUCCUCGAAGCGCUGACGCCGGGCGUAGUCGAACGGGCGCGCGAACUGGGCAAGGCUGUUCGCGCAGAGGAUGGCGCCCGAGCGGCAGCACAUAGCUUCCAAGAGCAGCUGGACAUCGACCAAUUCCGAUGCGAUAUAUUCCCGUCAGAAAAGGCCGUGUGGAAGGUGAGGAAAAGCCGGAUGCGUCUGAGCGCACUCGCGGCGACGGUGUUGGGGAAUGCAGGGCUGCUGAAUAUGAACGACCUUCGACCGGUCCGCAUCCAGGAGUACCAAACGGAGGCGGGCGCAACCGAUCCUCUCUCCGGCGGUUUUGGCGCGCUGUUGGGCUCCAUGGGUAGCAUUGCGCUGGGCAUCCUGGACCUGCCCAUCCAGGUAGCCAGCUCGGUAAUGGAACCGCAUCGAGGGCAAGCAGAGUCUGGAUCUGUUUCAUCUGGUUCUGCUGCAUCGACGGCAGUUCCUACGUCGACUCGGGACAUUGCCUCCGCUUCCGAGCACGAUGAUCGCUCGUCGCAUUCGCGGACCUCGAGCGUCGAGGACCAGAAAGGGAAGAAAAAGGGGAAGAAAUCCAAGGCUAAAUCAUUCGCAUACGGAUUCUACAAAGAAGUCACGGGGCAGGAAACGAUCGCGAUGAACAAGACCGGCAUCACGGAAGCUUCAGACUCGAUUGCAUCCGACGCCGCCAGGGGUGCAGGCAAAGGCAUGGGCCGGAUUGUCGAGGUCGGCCUCAAGACGCCACUCGACUUUACGAUGGGCCUUGCCAAAGGCUUCCGCAACGCGCCCAGACUGUAUGGCGACGAUACUGUCCGUGAGCAGGACAAGAUCACGGGCUUUCAUAGCGGGAUCAAGACUGCCAGUAAAGAAUUGGGCCUUGGCUUUUACGACGGCAUCACCGGGAUCAUCACGCAGCCGAUUCGCGGGGCCAAGAAAGACGGAGUGGGAGGAUUUUUCAAAGGCGUCGGAAAGGGACUGGGAGGAGCGAUCCUCAAGCCGGGAGCAGCUAUCUGGGGAAUCCCCGCCUACUCGUUUAAAGGCGUGUACGAGGAAGUGCAGAAAUACUUUGGCUCCAGCCUGCACAGCUACAUUGUGGCGACGCGGUAUAUGGAGGGACACCAGAGCGUGAGCACUGUGACGGAGGCGCAGCGGCAAGAGAUUAUCAGGAAGUGGGAGACGCGGGACAAGGAACGGCCUCAGGCCGAUUUCGUGGAGAAAUGGAAGUCUGCUGCGCAGGAGAGGCUGAGGGGUGUGCAAGACGAUAGCCAAAAACACUCGUCUGGUAAUUCAUCUGCUGCUGCCGACAGGCGGCAUCUCAGCAUCAACACUUUGCACAGUCGAUCGUCUUCGGAUGUGAGCAUGAGCUUCUUCCACAGCACGGCCCGGAUGGAAGACGACGACGGCGACGAUGGCUUCCCAUCCAGCAACGCAAGAGGGAAGCCAGGGCCGACGUAUCCACGACCGCUGUCUUAUCACCCACCGCCGGCUAACGUUUAUGAACUUCCAUCUUCACCUGUAGCGACAGCAGCAGCACCGGCAGCAGCACAUGCUCCUAUACCAGACCCACCGGCAGGAAUAGCAGAGCUACCCGCCGAACUCCCAGCAGAACCAGUCUCUCGCCAUACCAAUACCAAUCACACCAAUCACACCAACCCCGCAGCCGACGACGACAACGAUGAAGAGGCGAUGAUCCGCCGCGCAAUCGCAGAGUCGAUUGAAUCGGAGCGUCAGCGCGCAGCAAGGUUUGGUGUGACGCCGCAGGUAUAA